CAAAGAAAACAAGAUACACCAUUUUAUCUAAAACAGUUUGGUGUUUAGAAUUGACUUUCGACUCUGAAAGGCGUUUGAUUCACGAUUUUUCAAUGUCUUGUUCCUAUGUUAGACUCUGUCACAUAAGUCAUAACUGAAAUUUAAAGUAACGGUUUGGAGGUGGCGGUGCCUAAAGUUUUAUUGCUCUGUUAUCUCUCUUUGGACAGGUUAAAACAAUUAGAGUUGAAUUCGGUUAUUAGGUUCUGUUUCUGGGUUGUGGAUCCGUGUGCUGAUUAAGGUUGUUGAGAGUUGGUCGUUUGGGUUUAGUUUUCACAAGAAAGUAAUCAUAGGAAGCUCAUGAUUUUUCACCUGCUUCCGUGACAGCUGACCCAAUUCCGUCACCUCAGCAAAUUAAAGUUGGACAGAUCAGAGGUACCUCACUUGUUCAUAUACUUGUUUGGUCCCAAAUUGUGUGUGGAGUUUGGAGAUGAAUCAACAAGGAGGAGAAAGUGAUGGGAGAGGUGGGGUUGAAGUUAGCAAGGACAGGAAUGGAAUAGAGCAAGUCAUUCUUCGAAACAAUCGAGGAGCUUCAGCAAGGGUUAGUUUGCACGGAGGACAGGUUCUUUCAUGGAAAACAGAACGGGGUGAAGAGUUAUUGUUCACUAGUUCUAAGGCAAUAUUUAAUCCUCCUAAAGCAGUCAGAGGAGGAAUUCCAAUCUGUUUUCCACAGUUUGGAAACCGUGGAUCAUUAGAGCAACAUGGAUUUGCGAGGAACAGGAUGUGGAUCAUUGAUCAAAAUCCUCCACCUCUUCCUAAUGAAUCCAAUGCAAAACCUCAUAUUGACUUGCUACUCAAACCAUCCGAAGAUGAUCUCAAAAUAUGGCCACAUAGCUUUGAGUUUAGGCUAAGGGUGUCACUGGCAGCAGAAGGGUACCUAAGUAUAAUAUCUCGCGUGAGGAAUGUGAAUAGCAAGCCAUUUAGCUUCUCCUUCGCUUACCAUACAUAUUUAUCUAUCUCUGAUAUCAGUGAAGUGAGAGUGGAAGGGCUGGAAACUCUGGACUACCUUGACAAUCUAUAUCAAAAAGAACGCUUCACAGAACAAGGAGAUGCUUUAACAUUUGAAUCAGAGGUGGACCGAGUGUAUCUUGAUUCUUGCAAUACGGUAGCAGUUCUUGAUCAUGAAAGAAAGCGAACAUUUGUAAUAAGGAAGGACGGACUCCCAGAUGUUGUUGUUUGGAAUCCAUGGGAGAAAAAAGCGAAGGCAGUGGGUGAUUUAGGGGAUGAAGAGUACAAGCAGAUGCUGUGUGUUGAUGGCGCAGCAGUUGAAAAACCAAUCACCUUGAAGCCCGGUGAAGAAUGGACCGGUCGCUUGGAACUCUCAGUUGUCCCUUCUACUUGAACAACACCAACACAAUUAAGCAACCACUAACACAAAAAGUAAACCCACCUAGCAAUCUUUUUGACCAAGUGGCAGUUAUCUCUCCAAGUCUUGUAAGUUUCAUAAGCAUGUAAAUAAGAGUGAAUCUCAUGUCAAGGGUUCAUAAUAGACAAACUUCCUAAAAGAAGGGCAAGUUAUAUGAUUAAAAUAGAAAUGCAUAUGGUCAAAAGUCAAGACGUCUUUGUAAUAGAUAAAUAAAUACAAAAGAAAUAUAAAUAAUCUAUUCUUUUUUUGGGAUCA